AGUUUUGUUCGGUAAGCAUAGCAGUAAAGUUGUCGUUGACGGAAAAAAUAAAUACAGAAAUACAUAUUAAAUACAACUUAAAAGCAGAACAAAACACAAACGAACCGAAUAAAAAAGAAAAACAAUAAAUAUUUAACAAAAAAAGUGAAUUUGAAAAUUCACAAAAAUCGACUUAAAAACACAUACAUAAAAUCUCGAACGAAAAUUAAUAGAAAAAGUUAUUAAUUAAAGUGUAGAAUAGUUUUAGGCAAAUUAAAACGAAAGUAAAAAAAUCUUCCUUCCUUUGUUCAUAUUGUCAUUAGCAGUGCGUGUGUGUAAGUGUAUAAUACCGUAUAUAUAAGAAGUGUAAAAGGAAAAGAGAAAGAAAAAAAAAGUAUUCUCUUUUAAUACAUUUUUUUUGGCAAGUGUCAAAAUAAAAUUCCUGUCAUUUACAGUUAUUUUGCUAAAAGAUAACACAAAUAGAAAUAUGACCAGUGUUGCAUACUUUUAGGAGAACAUUAGUAACAAACAGGAAAAACAAACUCAUUAAAUUGUGAUUUCACUUAUUUUUAUCGCAAUUUUUCAUGUUUUUAUUAUCAAUAAUAACAAUAAAAAAGCCCACAGUAAUCGUAAAGUAAUAAAACUCAUAAAAAUAUUACAUCAAUUAAAACUGAACUAAAAGUAUCGAUAAAGUAACACACAAAGAGAGGAAGAGUGCAAACGGAAAAAUAACAUAGAAAAUAAAAUUGUUAAAAUUAAGUGUAAAAAUAUUAAACAAUUUAAGUGAAAUAUAAAAUAGAAACGUUGGGAAACAGAGAAAUACAUUUAACAAUAAAAGAAAUCCCAAACGCGUGCAAUGAUUUUGACAGCAUGCGUUUACCCAAUAACGGGCCUGCUGUUUUUAUGCACUUUUGGCAUUGUUGGAGUCUGGUCGGAGGAUGUUAAGACUGACACGGCAACUGCAGCAGCGGCAGCGUCGUCAGAAGGUGGUGGUGGCAGAGCCCAUUCUCGUCCAGUGGCUGGAGGAAAUGACGUCUUUACGAGUUCAUUUCUAGUUCGUUUCCGUCGCAGUGUUGACAAUGACUUUGCUCACAAUGUGGCCAAUAAAUACGGCUUUGAAAAUCUAGGAGCACUGGUGGGUGGCCAGGGGCAUGAAUAUCAUUUCAAACAUCGGACUUUGCCACAUGCUCGUUCAAGAAGAAGUAUACCGCACACACGUCUGCUGAAAAGUCAUCCAAUGAUUCAUACAGCCGUACAACAACCCGGCUUUAAACGUGUGAAACGUGGUUUACGUCCAGCUGUUCAUGCAAUUCAUGGUCUUAAAUUCGAUGCCACCUACAAUACUCAAUCUAGCAUGGAGAGUACCGAACCGACAGAUCCUUAUUUUCCAAUGCAGUGGUAUUUAAAGAAUACUGGUCAGAAUGGCGGUAAAGCCCGCUUGGAUUUAAAUGUUCAAGCAGCCUGGGAUCAGGGUAUUACGGGUAAAAAUGUUACCACCGCCAUUAUGGAUGAUGGUGUUGAUUAUAUGCAUCCGGAUUUGAAAUUUAAUUAUAAUGCUGAAGCCAGUUAUGAUUUCAGUAGCAAUGAUCCAUUUCCAUAUCCCCGCUAUACUGACGAUUGGUUCAACAGCCAUGGUACUCGUUGUGCUGGAGAAGUUGCUGCUGCCAGAGAUAAUGGCAUUUGCGGUGUUGGUGUGGCUUAUGACAGUAAAAUUGCGGGUAUUCGCAUGUUGGAUCAACCUUAUAUGACAGAUUUAAUUGAAGCAAAUUCUAUGGGCCAUGAACCACAUAAAAUUCACAUUUACAGUGCAUCGUGGGGUCCCACCGAUGAUGGCAAAACGGUAGAUGGUCCGCGUAAUGCCACCAUGCGUGCCAUAGUGCAGGGUGUUAAUGAGGGUCGUAAUGGCUUAGGUAAUAUUUAUGUAUGGGCUUCGGGAGAUGGUGGCGAGGAGGAUGAUUGCAAUUGUGAUGGCUAUGCGGCUUCUAUGUGGACAAUUUCCAUUAACAGUGCCAUUAAUGAUGGUCAAAAUGCUCAUUACGAUGAAAGUUGCAGUUCAACAUUAGCCAGUACAUUCAGUAAUGGGGCCAAGGAUCCCAAUACUGGUGUAGCCACCACAGAUUUAUAUGGCAAAUGUACAACCACUCAUUCGGGUACUAGUGCUGCAGCUCCAGAGGCUGCUGGUGUAUUUGCUUUAGCUUUGGAAGCCAAUCCCCAAUUAACCUGGCGUGAUAUACAGCACUUGACAGUUUUGACUUCUAAACGUAAUUCUCUAUUCGAUGCUAAAAAUCGUUUCCACUGGACAAUGAAUGGUGUGGGUUUGGAAUUUAAUCAUUUGUUUGGUUUCGGCGUUUUGGAUGCUGGUGGUAUGGUGACUUUAGCCAAACAGUGGCAUACUGUACCUGCUAGAUAUCAUUGUGAAGCUGGAGAUAUUAUAGAUGCACAUCCUAUUUAUUCUGGUCGUUCCUUAUAUUUGGAAAUUAAAACGGAUGCCUGCAAAGGCACCGAUACCGAAGUAAACUAUUUGGAACAUGUGCAAGCAGUUAUAUCAGCGAAUGCUUCAAGGCGUGGUGAUUUGGAAUUAUUCCUAACGUCACCCAUGGGAACAAGAUCAAUGAUUCUUUCACGUCGUACUAAUGAUGAUGAUCAUCGGGAUGGUUUUACCAAAUGGCCCUUCAUGACAACACACUCGUGGGGUGAAUAUCCUCAUGGCACAUGGAAAUUAGAGGCUCGUUUCAAUUCAAAUCAACCACGAUCUGGUUGGCUCAUUGAUUGGUCUUUGGUAUUACACGGUACAAAAGAAGCACCCUAUCGUACUCUAUCGCCCGCUUCCCCUCAUUCCAAAUUGGCAAUUGUCAAAAAAGCCCAUGAAGAAAAGAAAAUGCAGUAAUUUUUUUUACAAAUUCAACAUCAGAAAAAUACAAUAAAAUUUAUCAAAACAAAUUCAGGGGCUUAAAG